GCCUUGAUACUUCUGAGCGAAAUUACGUUACGAUACACUCGGUUUCACAGCCGGUCUACUUUUUAAAGUGCUAAAUACAAUCUAAUUUGCAUACUUAGUCUAUAGUUAAAAUUCUUUCGGAGGAAAUGGCUUGCAAUCUGGAUAAAUUUCAACGAUAUUCGAUAAAUUUCCAACUAAUGCUUAAUAAUUUUCACGAUGACUGGUUUUGGAACAUGAUACUGUAAAAUGCCAGAAGUGAAAAUUUCAAGAGGCAGCAAUUUCUCAUAGCAUUACCAAAUUUCUAUUAAACGUGUAAUUUCGCGAGUGUCGAAACAGACGAGUCCAUUUAUCGUCGAUGACAGAGUAGUUCGCUUUGUUGCUUGAUAAACGACAAGCCUUUUUUAGAUUGUGCAACAUAUAAAUAGGCAGACUGCGUGCGAAACUAAUAGCCCUGUGUUUUUGCUGUUUGAUGCGCAUUCUUCAAAGAGCACUUUCUCACGAUUUUCGCGCCGUUCCUCUCUGACGCACGGAGACAGAUACUUGUUUGGAGUUGGAGGAAUCGCAACAGAAACCAUUGGAGAAAGGAACAUAGAUACAGUUUUAACUACAAUCUCAAAGGGAUCGUUAGUCUUGCCCGGUUUCGCGAAUUUUACAACUUGCGUCGCGUGCAUUGUAUCCUUUUGAGUAAUUUCAUUGGAAUCGAGAAUGUUACGCUCAAACGGUCGCGGGACUGGUUUCGCGGGUUCAUCAUGUUGUAACGCAGGAAGCAGUGUAUCUGCGAACAGGGAUACUUAACGCGGGUGAAACUGUUCGCCAGCGUUCAUUCUGCAACAGGCCAUUGUUCUGUUUGCUCGUUAUCGGUUUACGAGCGAGUACAAUCUUGCGAUUUCCCGGCACGGCGGCACCCUGCUCCGCAGGCCGGACGAAUCUCGUGUCGCUCGACUGUUUUUCUUCGUUUCGUGAGAGGAUCGGAUAUCUGAAAACCUACUCGGAGGCAUUGUUGCGCGGAAACGAGGAUUUCACGGUAAUUGUUCGUGCUCUGGUCGCUUACGGACAUUGAUCGUGAACGAAGAAACGGAGGAAAAAAUGUAAAACGUUCUAACGAUCGACAGUAAAGCAGCAUUGUUACAGUAACAUCAUAAUUACGAGAUUUCUCUCAAAGGAAUUGCAUUUACUAUACUGGCUUUUACUAAAAUGUUCAAAGUACAGCUUGUGUUAUAAUUGUAUGAUUCUGCUGGUUGAAACUUCCAGGUAUCUCGGUUAUAUUAGACAUCUAUUAUACGCAGCAAGUACCGCUAGAUUCACGUACCAGACCUGUUCACUGUAAAUAUCGUAUAUAGUAGUAAACUACUUCGGGCAGUCGGUCAAUCGGUGAAUUUUCUGCUCUCGAUACUUGGUACCAGCUGCAGCUGAAAAUUAUAUCUCUCUUCGUUUAAAAUCGUUCAACGUUUGAAGCUGAGAAACUUGAAGAGAUCGUGUCUUGCCCUUUGCGCUUGAUUACCGUGGGAAAGAUUCGAGUUACUCAAGAAUCAGAUCGUAUCUGAGAUGAAAUUUCGUUUUGACAAAAGCAAAAAUGAAGUGACCACAAGGAGUCGCGGCAUAAAGAUAAGCCAUCGAACGGACGAUGAUAGGAAGAGAUGAAAUAAAAGGUGAACGCGUCCCAGCCUUUCCGCUUGAAGGAAGCCGUCGAAAGUGUAACAGUAGGUUUCUCGGUGCGCGGUCAAAACCACUGCGUGCAUCUUCCCCGGAUGAAGAGGAUCGUACCGUUCUCUAAGUGCUUCGCGGUCAGCUCAAACGCACCGACUCUCCGGGGUCACGGGGUUCAACAGAAUACUGAAUCACGGGCUCGUCGUCUGUCUACCAUGGAAGGAGUAGAUUUUCUUUCUAGUAGAGGGAACCGAUGGACCAAAAGUGUCUAAUAAGACCGGGCAGCACUCGAUUUGUUCUCCCGCGGUCGAGGCAGCAAGGACUUGGGGCUCUCUGCAGAGCGACGCGACGGUUCACGAAUAAUUUGCUCGUAUUUUGAAGCAGUGUUCCGUGGAAAGGAUACUUGCAUACACUUUUCAACGUCGCAUUCGAUGUUUCAUGUCUGAAUUCACGCACGGCUGGACAAUGUGCAACGCAUAAUGUGUUUACACGCAAGACUCUGCGAUCCCAGUUUGUCGGAACCUGUGAAACGUAAUAUGUUGGAUAAAUUCGGAAAGCUCCGCAGCUGACAUUGGAACACUUCUCUUUGUAUUCGUAAAAACGUACUCGAUGAGUCGUGAAACGAUUGACUGCCCGCCGACCCCUAAUGACUUCGAUCGACUGCAGGUGAUUCCGUAUCGUGGAAGGAUCUUCGUUUGUCUGUUGCUCGUGAUACUCGUAAUGUUGCCCUGUUACGAGAGUCGUGGCAGGAUUGACUCCAGUGUUCAGAAGUUAAUUAAGAAUAGAGAAGCGUAUAAGGUACACAAAGGUAAACCUUUGUCCAAUUAUGUAGAUGAUGAUUGGGAAAAAGAAAGUGUUCGCAUAGAUCGGAAUAAUAACGAUGCAUUGUCGAAUUCAGAGUCUGUUCAACAGCGAAAGAAAAAUACACGCAAAUCUUUAUCUACUAAUUUUACAUAUGAUCACACAAGCGACGACCAACCGUUGAUGCAAGAGUUCGUGCACAAAAGGUUCAAAAGAGGUGUGAUACAUUUAUACAAUAUGAUAGUGUGCUCUACCGGAUGUAAUCCUCUGGCUUAUAAAGGAUACGGGUGCUACUGCGGCUUCUUAGGCUCGGGAUACGUAAUAGAUGGAAUAGACAGGUGUUGCAAAAUGCAUGAUUGGUGCUACGAUGCCACGGAAUGCCCGACGCUCUCCGAGUACUUCGUACCGUAUUACUGGAGGUGUUAUCACGGUUACAAACCAGUCUGCGCCGUCGAGCAUGGAGACUGGGGCGGAUCUGGGUCUUGCGCUCAGCGAUUAUGCGAAUGCGAUCGUUCGUUCGCGGAGUGUUUGAGACAUUACCCUUGCCCAAAGACUAAAGCUGUCUGCACUUCGUCUCCUUGGAGAUUAGUACAAAAUCUUUUUAUGAUCAUGUGAAGGGUAAUGAAAUCGGAAGAAUUCACGGUUUAGUAAUGGUGAGUUAAUAUGCCAAAGAUAAUGAAGAUGUACCCUUCGAUGAUACCGUUAGACUUAUGAGAAUAAAAGGUACAAAUUUUUCUA